AGUGUGCAGAUGGGCUCAUUGGACUGGGGGAAUUCCUCUUUUUCGCGAAGGAUGGAGCUGACUGUGUGUAAACGGGGUAGACUGUGGACGAAGAGUUGAAUCACUGAAGAGUUGAAAACACAGCCUUGUUGAAACACUCCACUUCAGCCAUCAUGAAGCUCUGGCUCCUCUUCACACUGGUAUUGCUUUGGCUGGAGGUCCAAAAUGGUGUUUGUCAGCAGGUCAAGCGUAAAAAAGAGGCUGGUGAGAACCGCAUAAGACCAGGAAGAAAGAGGGCAAAGGUUCGCUACCCCAAAGUUAAAGAAAAGGAGGCAGGAAGCAAGGGCCAGUCUAUUCUAACCCAGGUCCUUGAUAAAGGCCGUUUUCUCAGACUGGGUGAGAGCCUAUCCUUGAAUCCUGGGAAAACAUUGGAACUGAGAUGCAAAGGAACUAAGAUUGGCUGGGCAUAUCCCUCUUACCUGGACACCUUCAAUGAUAACCGCCUUAGCAUCAAGCAGCAUGAGCGGUACAGUCAGUUGACCCUCACGUCGCCCUCUGCUGCUGAUACAGGAGAGUACAGCUGUUGGGUGUUGCUCUGUGAUGGAGUAGAAUGUGAAAAGGAUGGAGAAAGUACCUCUGCUACCUACAUAUACUUUACAGACAAAGAUGAGCUGUUCGUCCCCUCUGCCAUCCAUUUUGAGAUUAUCUACCUGCGCCCUGAUAAGUCCGCCAUCAUCCCUUGCCGGGUGACCAACCCCAAAAUCAAAGUCUCGCUGCACAGGGAAGUUCCUGCAGAAGAAAUCGCAGUAGAUAGGACCCAGAUAUCUUACAAUCCCACCAAAGGCUUCAUCAUUCAAAACCCCAGUCCAGAACAUAAGGGAGCUUAUUACUGCAAGGCCAACAGCACCACGAAAACCACCCCGCAAAUAUCCACUAAAUAUCAGCUGCUGUAUGUAGAGGUGCCUAGUGGUCCCCCUUUUGCGACUAUCGAGGCUUCAGUUAACACGGUGAGUGGUGGAGACAUCUUUAACGUUACAUGCACAGUCCUGGGAGAACCUGAGAUGAAUGUCAGCUUCAGCUGGAGGUAUCCUGGCCAGGGUCAGAGACCAGUGAGCAUUCAUGACUCCUGGAGGCUGAUAAACCGCGGCAUGGGACACACCACACGCAUCUCCCAGAGCAUCAUGAUUGUGGAUGAUGUUGAAACCAUCGAUUAUGGAAAGUACAUCUGCACCACCAAAAAUAAGAACGGAGAAACAUUGGUGGCCACAUCGGUGAAGUCACGUGACUAGAAAGAACAUCAAGAUUAUAUUGAGAUGAGCUGGACUCCAAUCACACUUCUUGCUUGUUAUGAAAAAAAAAAAACAUGUAUUCUAUAUAUGACUUGGAAAUAAAGUGCUUCUUUGACGGAGACUUGAUAAAGUUAUAAUGCAACACUACUUAAUAUACACUCACGGAAAGGAACACCAGACUAAUGUUUGACCUCCUUUCGCUUUCAGAGCUGCCUUAAUUCUAUGUGGCAUUGAUUGCUGGUGCUGAAUCAAUGCCACAUAGAAUUGGUGCUGAGGUGCUGAAAGCAUUCUUUAGAAAUGUUGGUCCAUUUACUGAUAGGAUAGCAUCUAUCCCUCAUUUCGACGAGGAAGCUCAGAGAGGACGCUAACGUUGUUUGUUCGCCGCUUCUCCGUCCGAAAAUCCUUGCGGCAAGAAGAACGGUUGCUAUCUAACCAGGCUAUACAGUAUAUUUAUUGACCAGCACAACUAUGGCCUCCAGUAAAUAUAACUAGUGCAAACUUUAUGGAUGCGUUUGUACGGAUUUCGCCGAUUCUAGGCUAUAACCAGACUAUAGCUACAGUAUGUUUAAUUGACCAGCACUACUACGUCCAGUAAAUAUAACUAGUGCAAACUUUAUGGAUGUGUUUGUACGGAUUUUGCCGAUUCCAGCUGUUGUCAACUUACCAGACUGCCUUCUUCUGGGGCUUCUGUUGAGUCUGGCGGCUCUCCUCUGCUCGGCGCGGGUGCUGUGGCCGGGACACCUGGCCGUUUUCCGCGACUGGCACGAUGUUUAAGUAUUCCGUCACCCAACUGAGGAGUUUCAACAAUGGCAACGUUCCAUCAUGCAUACCAGUCAUGCAAACAACUUGGAUUGCUUCGCCGGCCGCGCUACACUCACAGGAGCUGCGGCAGAAAGUUUGUUUUCUCCCGGUCUGAUCACGGCAUUCCAUCCUUCUGGUGUGUGGCGCACGCCCUGUCGCACCUCCAAUACGUCAUCAGGGCGCUACCCUUCCCAGCU